AUGCACACUCAUACACACUCACAUACACUUGUACAAGCCCAAACAACCACGCGUACAUGCGGAUCCACGCACUCACACCCUCACAACAACCGCCACCCCCCCACCCCCCCCACACGCAGGCAGCUGCUAGCAAACUACCGCAACGGCAACGCCGAGUCUCUGUCUGUGCUGUUCCUGUUCCAGUGGUUGGCGGGGGAUGCGCUCAAUCUGAUUGGCGCUAAGAUGACGCAUCAGCUGGCCACCCAGAUCAUCACGGCGUACUACUUUGUGUGUGUGGACAUUGUGCUGAUCAUGCAGUUCACGUACUACACGGUCAAGUCGACCCUGCAGGAUAAUGCCGAGUCCAAGGGUGAGUAUAGUAUGGCGGUGUGGGUGUGUGAGGGUGGGCGCAAGUGUGGGUGUGGAUGUACUACACGCAUGUACCAAGCAUCCGGGUCUGUGUUGCUGCUGGUGUCGAGUGUUGCUGUCACAGCCAAGUCAUGGAUGAAUGAGCCGGACUUCGCGGAUACCACCAGUAGGGGCACGGGUAGAACACUACAGGCCGUGCAUGCGGAUAAUGGCUCUGGUAUGACCACCAAUGAGAUUGGCUACAUGUUGGGUAUCGCCUCCGCUGCCUUUUACCUGUCGUCGAGGAUACCUCAGAUCAUUAAAAACAUUAAGCGACGGUCUACCGGAGGACUGGCGUUCACGAUGUUUCUCCUGGCUGUGGUUGGUAAUGUGACGUACUCAUUGGGUAUCCUGAUCACAAGCACAGAGAAAAACUUUAUACUGCAGAAGCUACCCUGGAUCGUUGGAAGGAGCUCUGUACUGGCAGAAGCUACCAUAGAAUAA